UCUGCGGUAUUCUACAAAGUUUCGGGAAAACAGGGUGAAUUGCAUGGGAGGGAUGGAGGGGGAAGAAGGGGAAGAAGGGGAAGAAGAGGAGGAAGGGGAAGAAUGGGAGGAAGGAGAGGAAAUGGGAGAAAAAGAGUUGAUUCUGUUGCGUGAAGGAGAAGAGGGUGAACAAAGGGAUUUUGAUAUUGAAGAUGACGAACGGGUGGACAUUGAGGACGAUGCAAGCUGUGAAGAGUCGUCAGACUCGUUUGGGCUGCUAUAUAGAGAGGAUCGCAGCCGUGAUGUCCACGACGGUGCAAUGACAAUAAAGAUGGAGACACAGGUGGUCAGUGACCUUUCAGCAGACCCUGAAGAUUAUGAGAUUCAACCGGUGACGGAUGCAAUCGAUCUCCAACACCGGUGCGACGAGGUUUCCAUUGCUGUGAGCCCGGUUGAACCAAGUCCGCUGUUCAACAUCGUCGAAGUUAUCGAUGGCAUACUCAGCGACGAGCAGGUGUCCGCAGAACGAUCGGCAACAAUUGUCGUGGACGACCCCCGCAACGUCACACCUUUUGUACCCUCUGCCGCCGUUUUCUCACCACCCACCUCUCUAACACUGGCCACCAACUUUGCAAGCGGCUGGGAGGGCGAAGUCGGGGGUCGGCAACAUGUUACGUCCCCGAAAACAUCUAGGGUCGACAGUCAAGCCCUUGACGUGCUGACCAUACCCGCGCCAACGUCACCGACGAAGGAGCGAAGGGAUAAACUGGCUGGGGCAAAACAUGAUGACGGAGUCUGUGUGGACGAAGUGGUUUGUGGAUUAGGAAGAGGGGUAGUGGAUGGAGACAAAACCAGGGAAGGUAAGAGUGGUGAAGACAGGGGUGGUAGAGUAGUCAGAAGCUGGGUAACAGACAACGAUAAAACCAGGGGAAAUAAAGGCGGUGAAGACGGGGGGGAUGAAGUCAGCGGUGGUGAACUGGAUGAAGCAGAGAUAGGGGGGGCAGUCGUACGUGAGACCCGAAGAGGGGACUCUGCAGGUGGUAAUGCAAGCAUGGCCACGGAUGCCAUGGAGGAACGCACCGAGACCAAGGGCGGCACAACAGCUGAGGUGGUCAUGGAUGCCAUGGAGGAACACACCGAGACCAAGAGCGACACAACAACUGCGGUGGCCACGGAUGCCAUGGAGGAACACACCGAGACCAAGGGUGACACAACAACUGCGGGUCGAGUUGCUCCCACGGAAUCAAUUGUAGAAACAACCAAGGCCGAUGAGGAAGAGGCUGCGAACCGAAAAGGGGCAGCCAGGGUCACAAACGACAUGGAAGGGGUUACUAAGACUGAUGAGGACGCAGGUGCGGUAGACGUAGGUAAUGAAGAAGAGGCUGUGAGAGGUGUGACAGGCACCGAUAAUGAAGAAGGGGCUAUGACAGGCCUAGUCCGAGGACGGUGUGUGGAUAUCCGAGAAAGCGGGUGAUGAAUAGACCAUCGAAGCAUGCUGCGGAACCAGCUGGAGAGUUGGAUCACGUGUGCAGGAUACCUGUGUUGACGUUUACGAAUAUAGGAAGUCCAUCCUUUCGCAAACGUUGUUGGAGAGUGCCCGUGAAAAAGCAUGCAGCGUGUGAGCAUCGCUGCUGCAGUUUUGAAAUCAUACUAGUUGUUGCAGACAUACUCAAACCUAGUAAGCUGGCAUGUAAACACUCCCACUCGCGGUGUACAGGGAUGUUAGACGUAGCACUAGGAUAACAAAUAAUAGGGAAAUUC